UGCACCGCAAACCUGCAGGAGAGAAGUAGAAACGGAAGUAAGAUUAAUAUCAACAACCUGAGUUACAACAAUUUAGGCGAAACUUUACUGCAGUUGAAACUAAUACACUUUGUAAAUUAUUAUAUGCCGUAUUAUGGGGGAAGCAUUUUCCUGCGUGUCGUGGAAGUGGUUUGUUUUUGUGCUGGAAGUCAGUGUCUAAUUUAGCCAUUUAGAGCAGCUAAAUUAGCUAACUUUUUGUCAACUGACUAGCGUAAAUUCAGCCUCAGUAAGCAAACAGUAGUUUACUAUGCUCAGGUAUUGCUCUGUGCUCAGUUUUAACAAGGUUGCGGGUGAAGCUGGAUUGUCUGCUAGCUGUCGUUGACACGUCCUGGUAGUUUUUAUGUUGCGUUGACAGAGCCCGGGUUGCUUGCAAUGCUGCUGCAGCUGCUCCCACUUAUCAACUAGCUGCCUGGCUGCACUCCUGUCUGCCGUCUGCCCAAUGGCUCACUGCGGCUCCUCCGAGCCGAGCGCAAAGGUGCAGGCACCGCGUCCCGGCAGCAUGAAGCCGUCACAGGGUAGUGUAGACCAGAGCAUGAAGCCGGUGCUGUUCGAGAUCUUCGGCGAGUUAUGGACCGUCCAGUCACGGCUCGGCCAGGGAGUCUCGGCCUCAGUGUACCGGGUCAGCUCAGGCAGAGCCACCACCACCGCCGCUGUCAAGGAGUUUCAGGCCGACACUCAGGGAGGAGAUUACGGGUAUCGCAAGGAGAGGUCCGUUCUGGAAGACAUCCAGGGACAUAAAAACAUCGUGACACUGUACGGGGUGUUCACCAACCACAGCGGUACUGGUGUUGCCACCCGCUGUCUCCUGCUGGAGCUCCUGGAUGUCAGUGUGUCUGAUCUGUUGGUGAGAGGCAACAGUGAUACCCAGGGUGAUGGACUCCAGCAGGGCCACUCCAUGUGGCUUGUCCAGCACUGUGCCAGAGACGUCCUGGAGGCUCUCUCCUUCCUUUACAGGGAGGGCUAUGUCCACGCUGACCUCAAGCCACGCAACAUUCUCUGGAGCGCCGAUGACGAGUGCUUCAAGCUCAUCGACUUUGGCCUCAGUUUCAAAGCGGGAAACCAGGAUGUUAAGUAUAUCCAGACAGACGGGUACCGCGCUCCAGAGGCGGAGCUUCAGAACAGCCUCGCUCAGGCCGGGGUGGAGUUGGAGGGGGACUCGGGCUGCACGGCCGCUGUGGACAUGUGGAGCCUGGGCAUCAUCCUGUUGGAGAUGUUCUCAGGGGUCAAACUCAAAGAGACCGUCCGCUCGCAGAAGUGGAAGGAGAACAGCGCUGCCGUUGUCGACCAUCUUUUUGCCAGCAACAGUGUGAUGUGCCCUGCCAUCCCUGUCUAUCACCUCAGAGACCUUAUCAAAAGCAUGCUUCUCAAUGACCCAAAGCAAAGAUGCACUGCUGACGCUGCCCUGCUGAGCCCAUUCUUCAGUAUUCCCUUCGCUCCUCACAUUGAGGACCUGGUUCUGCUGCCCACUCCUGUCCUGCGCCUGCUCAACCUGAUUGAUGACAGUCAUCUGCACAAUGAAGAAGAGUAUGAAGACAUCCUCGAGGACAUGAAAGAGGAGUGCCAGAAGUACGGCUCAGUGGUUUCUCUGCUCAUCCCCAAGGACCACCCAGGGAAAGGACAGGUGUUUGUAGAGUAUGCCAACUCCGGUGACUCCAAAGAGGCUCAGAGGCUGCUGACGGGCCGGACCUUUGAUGGGAAGUUUGUUGUGGCCACCUUCUACCCUCUCAGCGCCUAUAAAAGAGAAAAAUUGUGGAAUGUACCUGGUACUGUUUUGGUACCACCUUGGUCGAGGUUCCAAGCGAUCUGAGCCGAUACUAAAAGGUGGAGUUAAAACACUGCAGACCACUGAUUGGUAGGAUCCUGCACAAAGCCGCCUUUUUUCUUUAAUAGCCAAGCUACCGCUAAUAGCAACCGCAAUUUUUAAUUCAACUCAAAAAAAAAUGUCAUCCCACAAAACUACAGCUAACAAUUGACGAAGUACCGACGUUCCUCUGUUUGGUGCCGAUGAAAGAUAAAGUCACGCGAUCAGCUGAGAAUCCCAUACACCAUCUGCAGUGGAAAAAAAUAUAUAGAAAAGCACCUGGUACCAAAAGUGAGACGACCAGAGCCGAUCUAUGCACAACUUAAGAAAAGUACGCUUUAAUUUGAACUUGUAGUCAUAGUCUAAUUACUUAUAUUCUAGAGGUGUACAGUAGCCUGUGUACAGGUGAGGAGCAGUUUAAAGUCUAGGUUGUUAUUUGUAGAAAACGUGGACAAUCUUGGUGGAAGUUGCUGCAGUAUCUGUUGCUCUGGUCAAAGUUGGACAUUUUGAAAUUGUAAACAGUGGCUUUAAAAAGUGUGUAGUACUAUGCAUAUGAAAAGUGAUGAGUUUGUGCAUUGGCUACUAUACUGAGUAGAUGCAUUUUAUAUUUCAGUUAGUCUGUGCAUGAACCAGUGGAUUGAUGGCUAGACUGCAAACCCUGUGUUUGACCAAGGCUUCUUCUGUCAGCUACGAAACAUGUUGCUAGUUGCGUGACAAGGUAUUGAGUUUUAUGAAUCAAUAUAUUUCCUAAAAUGUGCAGUCUUGAAACAAAGAUUUCUUGGAUAUAGCCAAAUAAUAUAUUUGUUAUGUUAUAAUGGUUAUUACAGAGCGGUGAGACGAUGAUUAUUUUGGAUAGCAGCGACAAAGAGUCAACAAGUUUAGGUAAGGUAUUUUUGAUGUGGAGUAUACUUUUCUUUUUAGAACCUGAAAUAGUUUUGUUCCCUUGGUUCCACUCUGUUAACAGUGGUUAUCUAGUACUCAUCAAGCCCAUAAUGUCACACUAAGAUGUUACAUAAUUUCUACACAAGUGCCCCGUGACAUUAAAGCUAGCUAACUAAAUGCUGCUAUAAUGCUGUGUUCACGCAAAGAGAUUAUUUGCCUCGCGUUACUCACGCUAGUUUGACGGUGGGAUCAUGUGUGUUUAUUCGCGUUACUUCAAAUGGCAGAAUUAAUCUGGUUUUACAGCCUUAUGGAUCCAAAAGAAACUGAUUUUGCUCUGAUUUAAUUGCAAUAAAUGGAUCAAAAAAUGGGCGAAAUAACUACACCACGAUGCCAAUUUGUAAAAAGUCUAAAUUCAUGUUUUGUCAGGUUCGCAAGACAACAAACAACAUUUGAAAUGCUUGUUUUCUGAAUGGAGUUAGGUCAGGGCUAUGCUAACAUUGUAGCUGGUCCAUCAACUCUCAAAACGUCUAAAUUAGGCAUAAAUACGGCAGUUAUUGUUUAUUCACAUACUAUUUACUUUAACAUUUGAUUAUCUCACCUGUAUUAAAGAUGUUUAUUAUUGAUGACAGGUGCCCACACAUUGCUACAAUCUUUUCCCACCAUUUCUGAUUCAACAACGUCAGUGACGUCAGGAUAAUCUCAACGCUGAUAGGCUUUCGCGACACAGCGUCACACAAAUUUUCAUUAACUGACGCAAAUGUGCAUCUUAGCAUUGACUUUGCAUGUAAUUGGUGUUUAGUGUGAACACACCGUAACAACAGGUUGAGCUACACCUGCUUUCUGUGAGUUCAUGAGUAACCCCAGCUGUCGCAGAUGCAGAGAAUAAUUUCCUUCCAGCAGAUAAAGUACCACCCAAUAACACCAGACUGUUAGAGCCAUAUAUUUAAUUCUUUAUGAAGCUGGUUUUCACUGUAUUCUUGUUAAAGCCAGACUAUGUAACUUUUACUCAACAGCUACACAUGACAGUGAUGGUGUUAUGCUAAUGCUGGUAUUAGCUACAGUAAAUGCUAAACUGAUGGUAUUAGCUAAAUGCUAAAAAUGCUACACUACGGUUUAGCACUAACUACUGCUUUGCAUUAAGUAGUACUGUUUACCAUUUAGCUAAAAUACUAAGAGGUAAAGUCAUGAGCAGCAAAACCCUGUGUGUACUGAAUUGAUUAUUUUAUUUUAUUCAACUUUUCAUUUGUAAAGAGUUAUUUCUUCUCUAAAAGUUCCAUAGUCUUGCUUUACAGUCUGGUGUGUGAAGAUCCAUUGGAAUGGGUAGUGUGAUUUGAGUAUGUGAGAGAAAAUUCAUAAAAUUCAUAAAGGUCAUAUAAAAUAAGAAAAUAUUUUAAGCUUUUGGACACAUAAAUCUUCCUCUGUCUGAGACCUAUUUUAUUAAGUAAUGUGUUGUUCCUUACCUUCUAAGAUAUAGUAUCAAGUUAAAAUAUAAAAAAGGUUUUGGGGCAAAGUUGCAGUUUUGUCUGUCGUCCAAAGAAAAACUAUUUUUCUACCAACUUUAUUUGUAUGUGCCUGAAAUGUGAAUUCCAAAGUUUCCACUAGAGAGCAACGCUGGCCUAACAAUCAGACUCCAACCACUUGACUGAAGAGCACUUUUAAAUGAUCAAUCUGUGGCGCGCAAGCGAGAUUGUCAGUGUUGCACUCACAUAAACUGGUCAACAAAUAACAAUACCAGGUUAAAAACUAAAGAACACAUUUUCAUCAUUUGUCCCAUUGUUGGUCACGGACCUGGUGCAGGAAAAUAAUCUGAUCAUUUCAAGAUAUUUUCUAAAGGCAUUUAAAUGUCCUCGAUUUUCAUUUGAUAUAUUUAUCUCUAUUACUAUCUUCUACACGUAUGGUUCAGCUGCUCACCCCUCUGAUGAAAGUGUCUGUAGUUUUCUGUUGCAGUGCAGUCUAGUACUGGCCUAACAUUUGGUGGAUUAUGAAGCACUUUAAGGAGGAAUUGGAUGUUGUGAACAGAACUUCCUUUGCUUGUUUUCAAGGAUGUGUGACACAUUAGUGGUUGUAAAUUGUGCACUUUACAAUAAGGCUGAAAGUAACUAUUUUCAUUAUCGAUUAAUCUGCAGAUCAUUUUCUAGAUUAAUCGAUUAAGUGUAAAGACAGACGCUGGCAAUGGGGAGAGAGAGAGAGAAAGGAGUAUGACAUACAACAAAGAUCCCAAGGCUGGAAAAUCCUCAUUGGAGACACGACCACUAAGUUACAAACACUUUAUAAAACAGAAAAGCACAAAGGCAAAGUUAAGAGAUGACCGAUGAAAGACAGCAGAUGACUUUUACGUCAUGCUACAGACUUUAUUUACAUGACCAUCUUCAUGAGUCCACUAUUUAAAGCCACACUGCUUCAGUUAAAUGCACUGCAACACGAUCCGUUCAUAACUGAUUCAUGUAUUAGUUUGUUUGUCAUCUUGUGUCACAUACUGGAGGAUGCUAAGGAUUCUGUUACCAGUACACGCGUGUUUGGUUUGCGUUAAUGACAGUAUUAGGUUGUGUUUGGAGUUAUGGUUUCUAAUGUUUGUAGUUGACCUAGAAAAAGGCAAAGCCGGUUUCUCUAUUAGUGGCUACACCUUUAGAAUUAUAAUGUGACGGCCCUGCCUUUAUGGAUGAAUACAUACUGCAGCUCUGAGUCAAGUGCUGCUCUGACUUGUUGAAUACAGCUUUGGAAGUUGGCUGAUCCUGAGCCCAAAGUGUUUUUAUUCCACCUCAUACUGUAGAGCUGAGAAUGUGUGAAAGCUGCCUUGCUUUUACCUGCACUCAAGUCAAACAGGCGUCUUUAGUGCUUCCUCUUGCAGCUUUUAAAGCUGUGUUAUUUUUUAUUAAGAUUUGUACCUGUCUUCUCAUUGGUUUGACUUCAAUUCUGGCUUUAAUAGGCUUCUGCAAAUGCAGCAAAAUGCAGUUGAAACUGCAUUACUUGAUUUCUUAAGUCUUAACAUUUCAAACACUUCCUUCUCUCAGCAAAUUUGGGUGCCGCCAAUGAGCUUAUGUGAAGCUUUAAGUCCGUUUAUCUUCCAUUUUCUGUCAUCUAAGAAGACAUUAUUAUUUCAUGCUUUUGUCUUUGCAGCUCAGUUUUCUUUGUGCACUGACAGAGAUUUAGGGUUGUGUUUCAAUUUCAUGGCAUCUGACCUCUCGGCCUGACUUUGAUAAGCUCUCAGCACAUUUGUGCAUUAUUGUGUGUCUUGAUAACUUGAACAGUUUGUGUGUGUGCAUGUGUAGAGGAUGAAGUAGCAGCGUUUAUAAGUUACAAGAGCUGUCUACGUGUGUGUGUGUGUGUGUGUGUGUGUGUGUGUGUGUGUGUGUGUGUGUGUGUGUGUGUGUGUGUGUGUGUUUUUCAAGUUAUAGCUGAAGCGCUGUAUACACGUUUGCUUGCAAUCUUAAAUCAUAAGGACAGUGUGAGUAAGAGUCAGUUUGGAACUGAAGAGUGCAGCCAGCCAUUUAUACUGUGAUAAUGUCUAUAGUAUCCAUUCCUAUGAACUAAGCACACAUGAUUUAAGUCUAAUCUUGAAGUUCUUUACAGCACAGAAGACAAAAGAUUAAGUACAGUGGUAUUCAGAAAUAAUCAGAUAUAAAGACGAUUAAUCAACUGCUUCAUUCUGCUGAGCCUGACACAAAAUGUUCCCUGAAGUCAGUUCAAGGUUUAAUUAAGACUUCUGGUAAGUCCAAAAAGCGUCCCGCUGCAGAGCUCCAGGCUCGGGCCUCCUCCGGUGCUGAGAUCCAUCUCAACUGGCAGGACCCAUGUUUUAGGUGGAAAAUCACGUGCGAUUAUAGUGCUUCAUAUCAAUAGAUAACAUUUUUGCCACUGUAUUAUAUUCUUGGUGUAAUGUCCUAUUGCGCUGAUCAUUAAUAAAUAAAGUAGCCUACCCAGCAUAUAUUUUAUACAUUGUAUCAUGUCCAUGCCACACAACCCCCACCAAUAACACCAAGGUAAAUAAUACAACCGUAGCAUUUCGAUAUAACUAAUGUUACAUUAAUCAGCAAAUAACUUGUACUAACCUUAUGAGUUUGCUAAUGUUAGCUAGCUAUUCUAAUUUCGUUAGCAAACUAAAGUUAACAUUAGCACAACAGGAAAAAAAUGCACAAAGCUUAAUGUAAUCAUUUCAGCCAACAUUAGCGUAAGUUGGCGAAUGACAUUAGCAGAGCUAGCUAACGUUAGCAAGUUAUUUUAUUGCUAAAACUUUGGUUACCUAACUUUAUAGUUUAUAUUAUUUAUAUUUAUUUUAUUUUAUAUGUUAUAUGUGGAGAUUGUGUGGCUUAUUCAAAGUAAUGAUACUAUCCUAUCCUGAUGAUCGUCUCGAGCAAACACAAUUUCAGACGUCCCUUCCUUCUCCAAGCUUGGGACAGGAAAUGGUCCGAUGGAGGAGGUGGGCCGGAGCUCUGCAGCUAGACCUUGUAAGAGCAAUAACACUACAACAGUGGUUAUACCUUCAAACUUACUUAAAUGUUUGAGCUGUCCAGACAGUUAAUGUGAAGCAUAUUGACAACGUGUUUACUGGUGGUAGAAAAUAACUGUGAUCUUGUAUGAAUAACCAAUCUCAUCUUAUUUUAAUUCUGAUUUAAAGCUGUAUUAAUUGACAGAUUUUUAAGGCCAGAAAAAAACAAAACAAAAUAGAUUAGAGUUGUGUAAUAAUUAUCUGUGUGUUUGGCUCCACGAAUGACCCCUUCAACCUUACACACUGUUCUUUGAUGCAGCUUUAAAUGUCUUUGUCACGUUUGAAUAUUGGCAUUUUCACAUUAAAUGGGUCUGAUGAGUCCCAACCGGAAUAACUAAGAACAUUCAAUGAAACAAUAAAUAUCGAGCUGCACAAACUCCGAGGUCCCAGACAUACCAAAUCCUGAAGUGACUGUCAGACAGCCGAAACCAAUAAGAUCUGAUCAGGAGGGAGAAUUUCACAGUUAUUGUCAUCAUCAAUUUGAGUCUGAAUACAUCAAAACUGUAAUUUCUUUGGUGGAAUAUAUUUCUGUAACAUCAUAAAACAAUGUUUGCCUUUUUUGGUUGAGGUUGCUUUUGUUUGUUUUUUGUACCAGUUU